GCUCCGCGCGCACGCAGCCCUGGUUUAUGAGGGAAAAUGUAUCGUCUCGGCCAACAGUCUAUCUCCAGGAUCGCUUUCGAUUUCUUUUUGUCCACUGUGCCGCGGGAAUAUUUUCAUCUUACGAGACAAUACAAUAAAGGCUGGUCUUGUAUUGGCUGAUUUUUGGUGAUUUUUUUUCUUAAAUUGCACGAAAAUGCCAAGGACCAAGAAGAAGAACAGCAAGGGGGGGCAGCAUGGAAAUGUGCAGCCCUUCAGUGAUGAGGAUGCCUCGCUUGAGACCCUCAGUCAUUGCAGCAGCUUCAGUGACGGCAUCAGUGUAGCAGAUGAAGGUGGAGAUGCCAGUGAGGACGCAGCCCAGGAGGAUUUCCAGUAUAAGCUAAAGGGGUUCAUAGACAGCACUGUGGACAAGAGUGCGAAGACCAGACAGGGGGCGCUGGACGGGCUCAAGACGGCCAUGGCCACACGGAUCCUGUACGAGUUCAUCUCGGAGAGAAGGAUGACCAUCACCGACAGCAUCGAACGCUGCCUCAAGAAAGGAAAAGGCGAGGAGCAGCGGGCAGCAGCUUCUCUCGCCUGCUUGUUGUGUAUCCAGCUGGGAUCGGGAAUCGAGAGCGAGGAAGUGUUCAAAACCCUGAAGCCCAUCUUCAAAAACAUCCUGGCAGACGGCUCGGCCAACAUCCAGGCCAGACAGGCGGUGGCGACAAGUCUGGGCCUGUGCACGUUAGUGGCAGAAGAUGACAUUUUGGACGUGCAUUCCACCAUGGAGUGUUUCGAGAACCUGUUCACCCGGUCGUACGCGCGGGCGGACGGUACCUGUCCUUCGAUCAGUCCCCAGACGAGCCAGCUGCACACCAACGCCCUGCUGUCCUGGGCUCUGCUGCUCACCAUCUGCACCAGCAACCAGCUCAAAGACAUCCUGCGCAAACACCUGCCAAAACUGCAGAGGUUGCUGGAGAGCGAAGACGUCAACAUGAGGAUUGCAGCAGGGGAGACCAUCGCCCUUCUCUUCGAGCUGGCCAGAGACAUGGACCCUGAGUUUGAGUUUGACGACUGGGACGAGCUGUGCGACCGGCUGAACGCGCUGGCCACCGACUGCGUCAAGCACAGAGCCAAGACGGACAAGAGGAAGCAGCGGUCCGUGUUCAGGGACGUGCUCAAGGCUGUCGAGGAGGGAGAUUUCCAAUCUGAGACCAUCCGCUUCGGGACAGAGCGCAUGAACAUCGACAGCUGGGUCAGAAAGAGGACUUAUGAUGCAUUCAGAGAGUUUGUGGGCUCUGGGAUGAACUACCACCUGCAGGCGAAUGAAUUUAUCAGAGACGUGUUUGAACUGGGACCACCAAUGCUGGUUGAUUCAGCCACGAUGAAGGCCAUGAAAAUCUCUCGCUUUGAAAGGCAUCUCCAUAACUCCGCUGCGUUCAAGGCUCGGACCAAGGCCAGGAACAAGUUCAGAGACAAGCGGGUGGACGUGGGAGAGUUUUAAUUCAACUGUCUAUUUAUGCUGCUUUGUUCCUGCUUUUUAGAUGAAUUUGUCGUGUUUUGUGAUCACAUGAUUGUCCUUGCCAACACCCGAUUUUUGAGUAUCAAAUGUUCAUCUUCUGUAAACCUAAAAUGUGGUGCUUUUUUUUUUUUUUUCCUCCCUUGUUCUUCACACAGCUAAACCUGAUGAACUAAAUCUUGUUUUAGAUAUACAGGAGGUGAGCGCGUGAUGGUCAAAAUGAUUGAAUGGAGCAUAACUUUCUUACUGUACGUCCACAGAAUAAAAGCAGUGCUGUACCUGUAUUGUAUAUUUGUUUUCCACUGUUGAUAUGUGGCCUUUUGGCCGAUUUUAAUAUAACUUAUGGUUUCGGCACCCUUGUUUUGCACCAUGUAGUUCUAGUUAUUCGAAAUAUUAUCACUUGUGACCAACCUAACACCUUGAAUUUGUAAUAAGUUGCACUCACUAGUUUUACCUUGAGGAUGUUAUUUAUGUGGACUGUUGCUGAAUGUUGUUAGUAUUGGGUAUGAAAUUGAAAUGGGCAAACAUGGUGUAAUAAAAGCUGGAAAAACUGA